UAAUGUAAGAUAUUUCUGAUAUAGAGAAUAAUAUUAACUUCGACCAAUCUUCACAAACAUAAUUAAAGGACAGUAAAGCAUUAAAUGAUGAAAUUUAAUAUUUAUUUGUUGGAAACAAAGCUGGAAUGGACAAUAUCGAUUAGGAAAAAAUAAAAUAUAUAAUAAAUGAGACAACUUAAGGAUCUGAUUUCUACAAAAAAUAAAAAUAAAAAAAGCAAGAAUAUGAAUAAAAAAUUUAAGAAAUGUUAUAAACUAUUUCAUAAAUAAAGCAAAAUACUUAAAAAUAUUAAUAAAUAUAAAAUGAUUUAUAGAAAUAAAUAAUAUAAUUAGAAAAAUAAAGAAAAUUAGAUAGAAUAUGGGUAAAUUUUGAUAUGGAUAUGUUUUAUGUAGCAUGUGAAUUAAAAGAAAAACCAGAAUUAUACAAUUCACCUGUUGCUGUAGGAGGUAUGUCUAUGAUAUGUACAGCUAAUUAUAUAGCUAGAAAAUAUGGUGUUCGUUCUGCUAUGCCCGGGUUUAUAGCUAAAAAAUUAUGCCCUUAAUUAAUAUUAAUACCUUGUGAUUAGGAAAAAUAUUAAAAAUAUUCUAAAAUAUUUAAAAAUAUACUUAUAUAAUAUGAUCCAAAUAUGGAAGGUAUGGGUUUAGAUGAAGCAAAUUUAGAUUUAACAGAUUAUUUAAAAAAUAAUAAUAUAGAAAAAGAUGAAGAUAUAUAUGAUUUAUGUUAUCAAAUUAGGUAAAAAAUAAAUAAAGAAACCGGACUUACAUGUUCUUGUGGUAUUGCAGCUAAUAAAAUGCUUGCAAAAAUUUGUUCAGAUUAAAAUAAACCUAAUGGAUAAUUUUAAUUAAAAAAUAAUGCUUAGGAAAUAAAAGAUUUUAUAGGAAAUUUAUAAAUUAGGAAAAUACCUGGAAUAGGAAAUGUAACUGAAUAAAUAUUGAAAGGAAUAGGUAUUGAAAAAUGCUAAGAUUUACUUAAAAAAACUGCUGAUGUCAAAAUUUCAUUUAGUGAAAAUACAUAUGAGUAUUUGAUUUUCAGUGCUUUGGGGAUUGGUAGGAAUGAACACACAGAAGAAAAGGAAAAAUAGUCUAUUUCUGUAAGUAGAACCUUUACUAGAAUAUAAGGUGAGGAAGAAAUUAAAGAAAAAAUAUGUCUUUUGGCUUAAUAUUUAGCUGAAGAUGUGUUAUAUGAAAAUGUUUGGGGGAAGAAUAUAAGCGUGACUGUUAAAAACGCCAAGUUCGAGGAUAAUAAUAAUAGAUACAUAAAGGAUAAUAGUAAAUAUAAGGUAUUAAAUAGGAAGAAAUAAAACAUAAAAAAGGAAAAAGUUCAUCUGGAAAAAAGAAAUCUUUUUAAAAAAUUCGUUAAAGAAGGUAAUACUAUAGUUUAAAAUCCUGAAUAAACUGAAAAACCAAUUCUUUAAUAAAAAAACAAAAAGACAAUUCCGAAUUCAAACAUAUAAUAGAAGAAAUAAAAAAAAUAAUGA